UGCUGCGGAUGAGGGACCAUCAGUCGCUGGAACCUCCUCGAAGCACGAGCAGAGACAACUUUUCACGUUACGCACGAGUAUCCGACGAUUUCCAGACUGAGUAGCGCGUGUUCACCUGUGCAAGGUACGUCCCAGCUGGCUGGCAUCGAUCGCGUUGCCCAAAGAAAACAAGCGAGAAAGAUAGCAGAAGAGGUAGAGACCGAGAGAGAGAGAGAGACAGGGAGAGACUGAGAGAGAGAGAGAGAGAGAGAGAGCGUCGCACGAACGCAGAAGCGUCUGGCCCAGGUCUCGUCGAUCCUCGAAACCGGUUCACCGCUUGAGCUGACCUACCGAAACAGCGAAAGAGGCACCGAGCUUCCCGUUCGGCGCCCAACUGGCCAGGUAAACAACGAGCGAUCGAAGGCGCGACAGGGAAGAUCCGAGUAGAAGCAGCCAAGGUGGCAGAGACGAGAAGGGAGCGCCGGGCUCGUAAGACGUGUGUCGGUGAAGCAGCACCGUGACUAUGUAAACUACCAGCAAAAGCAGCUGUGGGCAGCGCGUGCGCAGGUCCGAAGCGACCCGUAUCAAGAAACGCUGGCAACUAGUAUAGGAUCGAGGUCCGAUUAGAGGCUCAGUUGACUGCGAACGAUCGUCGAGGUCGAGUAGUCGCAGGUGUUGCGCACUGAGCGGACAGACACGGUAUAGAGCUAGCAGGGUGGAAACGGGCGAGGAGUCGAGGAGGACAGGCGAAAGGCCGAUAGAACUGAGAACAAAAGACACAGAAGCCCGCAAACUGGCUCCGGAAGUGAGGAUCAAGCAAAUUGGAAUGAGGGAGGACCUGUUGUCGAUAAUACGGCACACGAGCAGCGACCAUUUCUCGGAAGAACUUUAGCCCGAAGAUUCGAAGGCCGGGAGAAACUUGGUGGCGGUAUAGCGAUAGGAUUAAACACGAGCUUCACCGUGUGUCUCGUUUAAUUAGAGGGCUCCAGCUCGCCGGGUUCCGAUUCAGGGGACAGCUGUUGUUUACAUUUCAUUCCUCCCGUUAUUGUUAACCGCGUGCACGGUCGCGGCGGCCACGAUCUUCUUCGAGCGAACGUCCAGCGAUCGAGGGACAUUUCUGCGGCACGAUCCACGUCGGUUAUGCCCUGGGUGGCCGCCUGUAUCGACCUGCUGGCGGCUCCGAUUCUCGGCUACUGUCUCGCCGUUAGGAAACUAGCCCUGCAGGCCAACCUCCUGCAAGAAGGAGCCGACGACACCGCGGACACGCUGGCAGAGAACAAGGAGAACCUUCUGCGAAGCGGCGCCAUGACUCCCAGUGCUGAGGAGCAACGCAAAGAGCCCGGGAAUGACAAGAUCGCCAUGAGAACGCCGGGGAAAACGAAGUCGCCGCGGAAAUUCGCGGGGGUGGUGGUCGCGAUGUGCGGCCUGCCAGGUCGUGGAAAAAGCCAGGUGGCGCAAUGUCUCUCGCGCAGGCUCAACUGGAACGGCUACUCCACUAAAGUGAUGAGAGUGAGCGAGUAUCGAAGAAGAAGAGUGGAGCCGUAUGGCGAGGCAGUGUCUCACGAGCUGUUUCGGCCGGAUCACACGGCGAACGCGGCUUUGAGGGCCCUGGCCCAGGGAGACGCGAUGCAAGACUGCGGCUCAUGGCUCGCAGCCGGGAAUUCCGUAGCUAUUCUGGACGCCACGCUGGUGACACGAGCGCAGCGCGCCGAGGUCUUCGACUACUUUUCCGGGCAGCUCGGUUAUCGCGUGCUUUUCAUCGAGUGCGUCUGCGACGACCCGCUGGUGCUUCAGCAAAAUUACAAGGAGAUCCUGCGGCACAGCACCGACUACGCCGGCAUGGAUCCUGCAGUGGCCGAGGAGGACCUGACGCUCAAGGUCGCGCAUUACGUCCGCUCGUACGAGCCCAUGGACGAGAAGAACUACCCUAGAAUACGGAUUAACACUGCAACCAUGGACAUCGAGACUUACAAGGUGUCCGGCCACGUGGAGACAGCUAUUCUUGGAUACAUGGGCAGUGUCACGCUCAAGCCUCACACUCUGUACUUCUCUCGACACGGAGAAAGCGAGUACAACGUCCUUGGCAAAGUCGGUGGCGAUGCAGUAUUGAGCGCUCGCGGUGAGAGAUACGCUCAGGCGUUGUCUACCAAGUUCAACGCUAUGCGGAUUCCUGACCUAAGGGUCCUGACCAGUCGUCUUCGAAGGACCAUCGCCACUGCCCGAGGCGUUGAAGCGCCGCAGGAGCAUGUUGCUGCGCUCAACGAACUUUACGCUGGAGUAUGCGAGGGCCUCUCCUAUGAGGAGAUGCAGGAGAAAUAUCCGCAGGAGUUCGCCUGGCGCGACCAGGACAAGCUGCGCUACCGUUACCCAUGGGGCGAGAGCUACGUGGACGCGAUGCACCGUGUGGACCCCGUGAUCGCGGAGCUGCAGAGAUCGGACAACAUCCUGGUGGUGUCCCACCAGGCUGUUCUGCGCUGCAUAAUCGGCUUCUUCAUGGAUAAGAAGCCGGAGGAGCUGCCGUACAUGGAGGUCCCGCUCCACACGAUCAUCAGAGCGACCAGCCAGGGCUACAAUUACAAGCUGGAGUUCUUCAAGCUUCCGAUCGAGUGCGUGAACACGACUCGAGUGAAGCCGAAGAACUGCAGCGCGGAUCGCACCGCUGACGACGCUCUGCUGACGGUCCCGGAUCACUUCGACAUACCGGACCCGUGGAGGAACCCAGGAAACGGGCCCACCCUGGUGCAGCAGCACUGAGGAACCGCCCGGCGAUCCACGAUCUCGUCCAGAAUUCGAUCUCUGUUGGGCUGGCGCUUCCCGGGAUUCCGUUAGCGACAUCGACGUUUCGGAGAUCGGGUCCGACGGCGUAGCGACCGUGUCUCACGGCGAGGAAGUUCAUUUUAUUUCUUCUUUGUUUCUUUCACGUAGCUUUCUAAGAUGUAUUCGCGAGAAUCGAUGCCGGGGAAACCGGAAGCACCGAACGCGGGACAACGGGCAAACUGCGUUUGUUUCAGAAGUAUCGCGAAGCGAACGCUUCUGUUUCCGAUACGCGAGUUCUCUCCGACCGAGUUUCCCCGGUCCGAUCCUCUUUUUCCUUUCUAUUCGCAGCGACUCUGUAAUCCCGCUGCUCGAGCCCUCUAUAUUAUUCUAAUUAUUUGUAAGCGUUUUAGUUUUUAACGGUAGGCGACAGACAGGUGAAGCGGUGUUGUCAGCCGUGCACCGUGUUCUUUGGAACCUUGCACGCGACGACUCGGCAGCUACGAUCGACGGUCGACGCCUGUCCGACUGCGGGUUUCGGGGAUCCAUAAGGGGGAUCCAGAAGGGGGAUCGAUUCCCUAACAAGCGAAAGAGUGCUGAUUAGAAUCACCGUAGACGUAGGAAUUGAAAGUGCAAUGAAAGUUUUAGAUACAGUUCCCAUUUUUUGUUCGAGACACGCUGAUGCUUCACGCUGUUUUGGCUCGUGCUCUUUUAGGUGAUUGUUAGAGAAUCGUUCGCCCAGUCGAACGACGACGAGAAAUGACUAUACAUAUACAGUGGGCUCGGUUCCCAGGACCUUGCUGUAAAAUCCGCAGUUUAGUCGGUAGGAUCGCAGGACACCGGAGCAACGAAGACGAGAAACCUCUGACCAUGUUCUUAGGCCUAGAAUCGAAUCUUUCUUUAGCUAGUUCCUGGACAAAACGACCUAGAUAUUCGAAGCCGAGAUAAUGAAAAGUGAUAAUUAGAGAUUAGAUUUCUUUCAGCGACGCGUGGUAGCGGUGAAGACAGAAUUGUGUAGGUUAGCGUAGCGUAUUAAAGAUCUGGCCGUUUAAAUCGUGCCGAUGAAAUCGACGGUGAUCGUUAAGCGGGAAGACAAUUGGCGGCGGCUGAACGUGCAUUGUUACGCGCGCGGAAUCGACGGCCUCGGUGUCCGUUCGAUUAUGUUCGAACUUAAGUACAUACUCUGAUCGGAGUUGGACGGAGUCGAUGUCCUGCUGCGUUUCGAUAUUAGGUUAGCUUGUAGACUGCAUAGUUGUGCAUAAUACUUCGUUAGUCGCGACGCGGACGUCCUCGGAAUCUUCAAAAAAUUGAACUCUUUCUCGGCCGAGGACGCGCGGAUGCAGCUCGCGUGAAACUUGAGAGAGAGACUAUCCGAGUGGAUCGUGAACGGUGUGAUAAGACAAACGGUGAUUAACGAGAGACGGUGAUUAGUGGGAAGAGAAAUUUAUUUUUUUAUAGAAGUUGCACGCGUGCCUUAGCUAGGGCGUAUUGUUUCCGUCACCAGAAACGCUGAUUUUCCCGGAACACCUUUCUAUGUGACUAAAAUUUCAUCUAGUCGAGUGUCGACCCAUUGGCGUAACUUCUGAUAGUUUUUAUAUCACUCGAGAAACAAGACGGAGGUUUGCGGAGCGUUUUUAGCCGUUUAAGUCGUAUCGUAGAUACAUUCAACUGUCUUUGUUUUCUUUUUUAAUUGUACAUUAUGAAUAAACAUUUUUUACAAAGCUCGA